AUGGAUGGUACCGAAGGUUUAGUCAGAGGUACUGCUGUCACUGAUACCGGUGCUCCAAUUUCUGUCCCAGUUGGUAGAGGUACCUUGGGUAGAAUUAUCAACGUUGUUGGUGAACCAAUUGAUGACAGAGGUCCAAUUGAAUGUAAGGAAAGAAAGCCAAUUCACGCUGAACCACCUUCAUUCGUUGAACAAUCUACUGCUGCCGAAAUUUUGGAAACCGGUAUUAAGGUUGUCGAUUUGUUGGCUCCUUACGCUAGAGGUGGUAAGAUUGGUUUGUUCGGUGGUGCUGGUGUCGGUAAAACCGUCUUCAUCCAAGAAUUGAUUAACAACAUUGCCAAAGCUCAUGGUGGUUUCUCUGUCUUUACCGGUGUCGGUGAAAGAACCAGAGAAGGUAACGAUUUGUACCGUGAAAUGAAAGAAACUGGUGUCAUCAACUUGGAAGGUGACUCCAAGGUCGCCUUGGUCUUCGGUCAAAUGAACGAACCACCUGGUGCUAGAGCUAGAGUUGCUUUGACUGGUUUGACCAUUGCUGAAUACUUCAGAGAUGAAGAAGGUCAAGAUGUCUUGUUGUUCAUUGACAACAUUUUCAGAUUCACCCAAGCUGGUUCCGAAGUGUCUGCUUUGUUGGGUCGUAUUCCAUCUGCUGUCGGUUAUCAACCAACCUUGGCCACUGAUAUGGGUCUUUUGCAAGAACGUAUUACCACCACCAAGAAAGGUUCUGUUACUUCUGUCCAAGCUGUUUAUGUCCCAGCCGAUGAUUUAACCGAUCCAGCUCCAGCUACCACCUUCGCUCACUUGGAUGCCACUACUGUCUUGUCUAGAGGUAUUUCUGAAUUGGGUAUUUACCCAGCUGUCGAUCCAUUGGAUUCUAAAUCCAGAUUAUUGGAUGCUACUGUUGUUGGUCAAGAACAUUAUGAUGUUGCCACUGGUGUUCAACAAACUUUACAAGCUUACAAGUCCUUGCAAGAUAUCAUUGCUAUUUUGGGUAUGGAUGAAUUGUCCGAAGCCGAUAAAUUGACUGUCGAAAGAGCUCGUAAGAUUCAAAGAUUCUUGUCCCAACCAUUCGCUGUUGCCGAAGUUUUCACUGGUAUCCCAGGUAGAUUGGUUAGAUUACAAGAUACUGUUAAAUCUUUCAAAGAUGUCUUGGAAGGUAAAUACGAUCACUUGCCAGAAAAUGCUUUCUAUAUGGUUGGUGGUAUCGAAGAUGUUAUUGCCAAAGCUGACAAAUUAGCUGCUGAAUCCAACUAA